ACAUUCAUUUUCUAGGUUUUGUAGACGUAAGACCGCUGCUAAUUCUUAUAACUUAGUAAUUAAUUAUUAUUUUUUAUGUUUGUUCCUUAUUAUAGGUAAAAGGAGGUGACAAUUGAUUAUUGAUUGGAUGAUAUAUGUUUUCUGAGAUUAGAUAUUUAUUAAUUAGUUACCGACCUACAUUCUGUACAGAAGAUAUAUGACUAAAAGUUUUAGUCCUUGUUCUUAGUUGAUUACUACGUGGUACAGAAAUGAAAUGGAUUCUUCAUCGAUUGUAAGUUUCAAUAAUGAUACAUUUCAGUCUACUCUCAAAGGCGAUUUUAAUAAUGUAAGUGUUCAUGAACUCGCCUUACAUGCAAUGCGAGAUCGUUGCCUAUUACUUCAAAAGAGAAUUACUUCAUUAGAAAGCGAUAAUAUGCGUUUAAAGUUAGACAUCACAAAAGCUACCGAAUGUACACCUUAUGUUCCUUUGCAAGAAGAUGAAAAGUUCAUGUUGCAUCAGAAAAUUGCUGAAUUGAAUAAACAAAAGUCUCAACUUAUGCAUCAUGUAUUUAUGGUAUCUUGUGAAAAUAAAAACCUGUGGAAUAAAAUAGCUGCAAUAAAAGGACCUGACAAACCACCAGGAAAGGAAAAUGGUAAACAACCUUUGGUACGCACAAACACAUACAUUCAUAGUACUCCAAAAACUAGUGCUAAUUAUCAAGAAAAAUAUUCAGAAUCCAGUCUAGAGGAAAUAUCUUUAAAACUAAUUAAUAGUUAUAUACAGGAGAAAUCACAACUAGUAGAACAAUAUGAACAAAUGACACAGUUACAAGAAUUGGAUGAUAAAAUGCUGAAUGUUGACUCUAUAGGUUUCACAUAUAUUGAGGAACCAGCAUUGGAUUCACUUAAAGAAAUUCAUAUCCAAACAGAAAAACUGCAAAAUUUAAAAAAAGAGCUUGCUCAACAAGAAGCCGAUCUGAAAUUUGUACUUUCUAAAUUUGAAACAAUUUUCAAAGAAGGCUAUAAAUGUCAGAUGUGUAAAAUGAAUAAUACAAAAACUACAACAUCAGAACAUAAAGAGAUUGAGACUAGUGACAGCUUGGCAAAUUGGGCAACUCCUGUGGAAUCAACUAAUUAUAAUGAAUUAAAUUCCUCUGCAUUCAAGAAAAAUGCCACAGAAAACAUCAUUAAUGACAUACCUGUUGAUAAAAUCUGCCCUAUGUGUGGGCAAACAUUUCACAGAGAUAUAAGAUUUACAGAAUUUCAAUCACAUGUAGAAAGUCAUUUCAUUGGUGAAAGUGAAGUAGAUUCUGUGAUAGAUAAUUUUGAAAAUGUUCCAACCUCUUUUGAUAAUGUAAUAUAAUUGAUUAUAAUUAUAUAAUUAGAUAAAUUUAUUUAGUAAUCUUGGUAUUAAUAUUUAUUUUUUAUAGUUUUGUUGACUUACAAAUAUACUAUUUAGUCUUAAAUUAAAAUCAGAAAAUGUCCUAGACUGGAUGGAUACUGAUUUUUAGCAAAUGUUUGCCUUCCUAAAUAGAAAUAGCAUAAAUCACAAAUUUGGUGAUAUUUAUUGUAAAUAACAAUUUAAGCAAGCAAAUAUGCAUAUUAAUAGAAUAUAACAUAAUAAUAAGAUAACAUAUAAAUAAGAAAAAUAAUUUAGAUUUUUUUCUCAAAUUUAUUUGCCAUUGUCUUUUUUCUUAAGAGGGAAUAUUUACUUAUAACUGUUAUUACACUGUUAAUUUUAUGUUACUUAGUUAUACUACACUACAUUUAUAUUUAUCCUAUCAUUGUUUAAUAACAAAAUAUAUCUGAAAAUUUGUUAUGAUGCUUACAAGAUGAAUUACAAUAUUCUGUCAUACCCAUAAAAACUUUUAAUAUU